UCGGAGUAUGACUGUAAAUAAAGAGACACCCACGUUGUUUCAUUGUCAUCAUUCAUCACCACCAACUUCAUCACAUAAACAACAACAACAACAACACUCAUCACAAUCACAAUCACAUUGUUUUCUUAACAUCUAAGCUUUUUCUGCAAACACCAUCAUCACAAGUAGCAGUAGCAGCAGUACCCUAUUGGGUACACGUCCAUGACACUAGUAGAACAAGAAUCACAGUACUGUACCAAACAUGCAAACUCUUCAGUUUCAUAGCCUCUCUCACUUUCUCUAUAUCCUUGUCCUGUUUCUCAUUUUAAGCUCCCGUGGCGCCGAAGCGUUCGGCGCCAUGGGACCCAUAGCCGCGUCGUUCGGAGAAGACCAGGUCUUCUGCGCGAUCGACGCGAGCGGGAAACAGGACGUGAUCUGCUUUGGGAAGAACAUGACUUCCCCGUCGUCUCUUCCUUCGCCGUCGUCCUACGUCAGCAGUAUCCCCGCCAUGUCAGCGCUCUCCGGCGGGGAGGGGUUUCUCUGCGGCAUCUUAGCGAACACCUCGCAGGCGUUCUGCUGGGGCGCGUCGUCAACGAGGCCGAGUGUGGAUCUCGUCCUCGUGCCGCCGGCGUACCGGAGUGUAGCUUACUCCCAUAUCGCCGCCGGGGAGAGUCACGUCUGCGCCGUCAGCGGAUCAUACUACGCCGCUGAUCACGUUUCCGGGAGGGUUGAUUGCUGGGAAAUCGCGAAGAAUGGUAACAACACCUUGGUGGCGAGGAUGAAUGGAUCGUUUUUGGAUCAAUCCGUGGCGAAUCUGGUUGUGAACCGGGUUGUCUCCGGCGAGGGGUUCACCUGCGGUGAGGUGAGCACCGGCGGGCUGGUUUGCUGGGGUCCCAAUUCGGCGAACUUGGGCGUUUCCAACGUGACGGAGAGUUUCACCGCUUUGGCGGCGGGGAGGAACGCCGUUUGCGGCGCUUUCAACUCCACCGGCGAGUUGAAGUGCUGGGGUGAUCCGGGUUCGUUUUCGGAAACUCCACCUGAUGAUGUUCGGUUCGUGUCUCUAUCUGCAGGUGGAUACCAUUUCUGUGGAGUUAGAGAAGAUAACCAUGGUGUGGAAUGUUGGGGUAGUUUGAUCAAUUCCUCUGCAGUUCCCAAAGGUAAUGGGUUUAUGGCUAUUGCUUCUUCUGAGAAAACUACUUGUGGUGUUAGGGAAGAUGAUCUUCUUCUCGAUUGUUGGGUUGUCAACGCUUCAAGCCCCGAUUUCGAUCCCCCUUUGGAGCUUUCGAGCCCCGGUUUAUGCAGGGAAAGUGCUUGUGGAAAUGCUGAGUUUGCUUUCAAUGUGAGUGUGCUCAAUGAGCAAGAUUUGACUAGCUUGUGUGCUAAACAGGAUUUGAGGAUUUGUUCGCCUUGUGGGUACAACUGUUCAAAAGGUUUCUUCUUGUCUAGUCCUUGUACUCGGAACGCGGAUCGUGUUUGCACUGCUUGUUCUCUUUGCCAGAAUAGCUCUUGUAGGGAAGUUUGUGGAGGCCAUUCUUCUGCUGUGUGGUGGCAUUGGCCUCAUAUCCGUAGAUAUGUGAUCAUAAUUGGGUCUUCAGUGUUGUGUUUCUUGCUGAUUUUGACUUGUGGGUGUUUUCUCACCAAAAGAAAGCAAGAAAAGGGGAAAACAAAGAAACAAUCCAAGUCUUGCAUAGGGAAACCUGAGAAGGAUGAUGAUGAUGAUGAUGUGAAUGUUGGUCUUCACUCUUCUACUUCUGUUGCUUCGUGUCCCGGGGCGCCUCAGGUUUUCAGGCUUUCUGAGCUGAAAGAUGCUACCAAUGGGUUCAAGGAGUUUAACGAGGUUGGGAGAGGAAAAUAUGGUUUUGUUUACAAAGCUGCUUUGGCUGAUGGGAGAGUGGUUGCUGUUAAGAGAGCAAAUGCUGCAACAAUAAUCCACACCAACAAUCGGGACUUCGAAACGGAAUUGGAAAUUCUGUGCAAGGUUCGCCACUGCAAUGUUGUUAACUUGUUGGGUUAUUGUGCUGAGAUGGGAGAAAGGUUGCUUGUUUAUGAGUUCAUGCCUCAUGGGACACUCUAUGAUCACCUCCAUGGUGGCCUCUCUGCUCUCAAUUGGAACCUCAGGCUGAAGAUUGUGACGCAGGUCGCGAAGGGUCUUGAGUACCUUCACAAGGAAAUAUCACCUCCAAUUGUUCAUAAGGAUCUCAAGAGUUCAAACAUUCUCUUGGACUCAGAGUGGGGGGCUAGAAUUUCAGACUUUGGACUCAUUGCUUCAAGUGACAAGGAUCUUAACCAGGACCUGAAAAGCGAUGUUUACAACUUUGGGAUUGUGUUGCUAGAGAUUCUAAGUGGAAGGAAGGCUUAUGAGAGUGACAUUACACCACCCAAUGUGGUUGAUUGGGCAGUGCCUUUGAUCAAACAGGGUAAAGAAGCUACUAUAAUUGAUCGCUAUAUUGCUCUUCCAAGGAAUUUUGAACCUUUGCUUAAGCUUGCUGAUAUAGCAGAGCUUGCUGUGAGAGAGAAUCCAAGUGAGAGGCCACCCAUUUCAGAAAUAGCAUCUUGGUUGGAGCAAAUUCUGAAGGAUGGAUUGAUCUUAUAGCACUGAUGGACAUUGCCAUUUGAGACUACUUUAUCCAACCAUGAUAUCAAUGCUCCUCUGCAAUUGUAAAUUGUUUUGAGCUUGAUGUAAAUUGCUUAUCCUUAAUAUUUCUUUGGGUUCAAUUUUUCUUAUAUAAUCUUCACAAAGUGAAGGACAUGGCAUUACUAGUGAACCAUACAAAUUUGUUUAUCUGUACAUGCUGAUCUGAAAUUUUUUCCUUACAAAUAAGCCUGCAGAGUGAAGACCAUUUGAAGGAUACAUAUACAAUCAUUUACAUGUGUAACAGUGGCAGAAUAAUGGUCGCAAUAGUCAAUAAAUGUGCAAUUUUGUUCUUGCUUAAAACCUCUUGUCUAGUGAUGUAAUGUAACUACUGGGAAUUGUUAUUGCCUAUACUUUCCA